UUAACUAUCAGAAUGAAGGAAUAAUUUAUUGCAUCUUUUUUUUUCUGCUGAUAUGGUAUGAUUUUACUUUGAAAUUUCAAAACUACGAACUACUUAAUUCUAUAACAUUUUAAAAACAUCCGUCGCCCGUAAUAAUAACGUCUGACGUUCGGCGUCCUAUUGCGUGAAAUAUCUACCUAAACUGAUCAAAACUUCCCUGAAAAUAAACAGGGCUCAACUAAAAUAAAUUACUCAAGUAUGAGAAAAGAUUGUUCCAGUAACAUCAGUGGCAGAAAUCAUGUGUAUUCUUCUGUAGAGCCUAAUUUCCUUUCAAAACAGAGAUUUCUCACUGAAUAUCAAAAGGAAUAUCUCGAUUUCUUUGGUAAGGAUUUGACACCCAUUGAUAAGCGCCAUAUUGGUGCUGGAAUAUCUUCUAAAGGUCCUCCUGAUGGGCAGCCUGAACCUUACCAGAUUGGCGAUGGCAUCAUUCCUCCAUUCAGAGGUGAAUCCGUUUCCAAACAAGCACAUCAACCACAACCUCCAAUCAGACAGCUUCCAGCUUAUAAACCUCCAGAAGAUAAACCUCCGAUGUUACUAGGACCGGAAAUGAUGGAAGUUGAAUCAUAUUCCAGUUGGUCGCACAGACCUUUCCCUCUGGAACUAGCUCGAAGAACUCGCCCCGAAAUUCCAAAUUGGGUCUUGAACAUGAAAAAGCCAUUGAGGUACGAAUCACGGUUUGACCUAACCAGUAGUUAUCAAGCAGAUUAUUGUGGCCCAAAGACAAAGACUAGAAAAAUUUGUUUGGAUUCUGAAAAUGGUGGAAAAGUUGGCGCCGGAGGAGAUAUCGAAAGUAAUAUACAAACAAAGGGAAAGGCUUUAACCCACUCUUUUGGAGAUUGCGUACAGUUAGGGGAUCGCAUGUGGAACCACAUUCAUUCUCUGCUUUUUCGCACAACAACUGGUAGCACCUACCUUCCUCCAAGCGUAUUUGGUGGUUCAUCUUGUCAUCCAUCCAAAUCACGGUUUGAACGCAUAUGCCCUGCAAACACACUCGCUACAAAGACUUGCAAGAUACACCAGAAUCAAAAAUUAUAAGCUGUUGCAAGAGCUUAAAUUUAUAGAACUGCAAAUGCAUAAUUAACACAUUUAUUAAAUCUCUUAUUAAAAGAAAAAGAAGUAA